AUGCGGGGUGACAGGACAGCGGGGCGGACGGAUGGGAUCGGACAGACGGACGGGCAAGGGGUCGCGGUUCUCCAUCCCUGCUUCACCGGGACCCCGCGCCGGCGGGCGGGGGGUGGUCCUCGGUGCGGUACCUCGGGCGCGGGGACCGCCGAUGUCGGGGCUGGUGGCCGGGACGAUGCUGCCACCUGGUGCCACGGCAUCGCGACAACACGGGGACCGGCCCGGGGGGUCGAGAGAAACACUGGGAUCGGCCUGGAGGGUCGAGAGAAACACUGGGACCGGCCCCAGAGUCGCAGGCGGCACCGGGACCAGCUUUGCGGUGUCGAAGGCGGCACCGUGACCAACCUUGGGGGUCGAAGAAAGCACCAGGACCGGCCCCGAUGGUCGCAGUCAGCGUCGGGACCGGGGGUCGGGGGACAGCUCUGGGACCGACAACGGGGGCCGAGAGUCUUGCCAGGACUCCCGGAGCAGCCCUCGGCCUCUCUGCCUGGUGGGAAUCCGUCGGGAUCAGGAGACCGUGGGACGCUGCCGUCCCUCUCCCGACCCCGCACCAGGGCCGGCCCCGACGCCAACGCAGACGGCACCGGCACCGUGAACGGCCGGGGAGAGGCGGGCGGGCUCCCCCUGACGGGGGGAGCGGCGGAGCGCGGCGAGAAGAAUCGCUGCCGGUCACUGUUCGCGUCCGUGUCCCUCUCCUUGUUCCUGUCCAAGUUCCUGUCUCGUUACGGUUCCUGGCCCACUACCGGUGCCGGUCCCUAUCCGUGUCCCUAUCUCGUGUCUGUCCUUGUCCCCCUGCCCGUGUCGAUGUCGGUCCCUGUCCCGGCGCCGGAGCAGCCGGGGGGCAGCGGGCCCGGGUCUCCCCCUCCCGCCCGCCCCGUCGCGGCAUCCCCGGAGCGCGCCCGGCGCCAGCUGCCGCGUUCCGCCCGCCCUCCCUGGGGCUGCGCACCCUCGGCCCCCCGACCCCCCGGGCCCCGCUCUCCAGACCCGGGCAGCGGGGACCCCCCCUCUCCCCUCCUCGCCCCUCGCAUCCCCCCGGUGGGCCCCUCGGCGGGCCGGGCAGGGCAGGGGGGUGCCGGCCCAGCCCAGCCAGAUGCUGCAGCCCCGGGCACCCCCCAGGCCUGGCAGCAGCACGAGGGUCCACGGCGGGUGAAGAGGGCCUGGGUGAUCCCCCCCAUCAGCGUCUCAGAGAACCACAAGCGCAUCCCCCACCUCUUGGUGCAGAUCAAGUCAGACAAGCAGCAGCCCGGGGGGGUGAUCUACAGCAUCAAGGGGCCAGGGGUGGACGAGGAGCCCCUGGGCAUCUUCUCCAUCGACAAGUUCAGCGGGAAGGUCUUCCUCAAUGCCAUGCUGGACCGGGAGGAGAACGACCGUUAUCGGCUGAGAGCCUUCGCACUGGACCUGGGUGGAGUGACACUGGAGGACCCCACUGACCUGGAGAUCAUCGUGGUGGACCAGAACGACAACCGGCCGCUCUUCCGGCAGGACGUGUUCACGGGGCACGUGGUGGAGGGGGCUGAGCCAGGGACCUGCGUGAUGAUGGUGGAUGCCACCGAUGCCGAUGACCCCGACACGGACAAUGCGGCACUGCAGUAUUCCAUCCUGGAGCAGGGCGCUGCCGGCAUGUUCAGCAUCAAUGCCACCACCGGGGAGAUCUGCACUGCACGGCCUGGCCUCGACCGUGAGACCAUGGGGGUGUACAACCUGACGGUGCAGGCAGCUGACAUGUCCGGGGAUGGGCUCACCACCACCGCCAUGGCCGUCAUCUAUCUGGAGGACAUCAACGACAACCCUCCCGAGUUCACCAAGGAGGAGUUCUCCAUGGAGGUGGAGGAGCAGGCAGCUGGUGUGGACGUGGGGAAGGUGUUUGUGCACGACAAGGACCUGGCGGGCUCUCCCAGCUGGCUGGCCAAAUACACCAUCCUGGAGGGUGACCCCGAGGGCGCCUUCGCCAUCCGCACCGACCCCCACACCAACGACGGUGUGCUCUCCGUGGUCAAGCCACUGGACCACGAGGUGCGGGACCGCUUUGAGCUGACGGUGUCGGUGCAGAAUGAGCAGCCGCUGGAGCCCACGGCCCCCGCCAGCCCCCGGGCUCUGGCCACAGUGCGAGUGCGUGUGCGGGAUGUCAAUGAGGCGCCUGUCUUCCGUGAGAACCCACGGAGAAUCAGCGUGUUGGAGGGGACCCCCCCGGGCACCCCCAUCACCACCUACACUGCCAGCGACCCUGACACCCACCAGAUCCAGACCCUCACCUACGCGCUGCUCUACGACCCUGCGGACUGGCUGCAGCUGGAUCCCCACGCCGGCACUGUCCGCACCAAGCGGGAGCUGCUGCACCCCUCGGCCUUCCUGCAGGGCGGCUGGUACAUCGCCCUGGUCCUGGCCCGAGAUGACGCCGAGCCCCCGCUCUCGGCCACCGGCACCCUCUCCAUCGAGAUCCUGGAGGUGAACGACCACGCACCGCAGCUGCAGCCGCCAGCAGGGGUGCUCUGCGGGCGGCCGGGACGCGGGGGGACUCUGCUCCUGGGGGCCACCGACGAUGACCGGCCCCCCCAUGGAGCCCCCUUCCACUUUCAGCUCAGCCCCCAGCAGCCCCAGCUCGCCCGCAACUGGAGCAUCACCCGCUUCAAUGUGACUCACGCGGUGCUGGCCGUGCUGGCGGAGCUGCCCGAAGGGCCCUACUCACUCCCGCUGCUGCUCCGGGACUCGGGGACUCCCCCGCAGGAGCAGCAGCAGCUGCUGAACGUCUCGGUGUGUCACUGCGGCCGGGACGGCACCUGCCAGGACGGGGUCCUGGCUGCCGCCACCGCCGGGGCCGGCAUCACCCUCGGGGCCCUCCUGAUCAUCCUCGGCAGCAGCAUCCUCCUCCUUGUGCUGGCGGCUCUGGGGGCCGUGCGGGUGCGCGGGCGCCGCCGGGCCCUGCGCAAGGGGCUGCUGGAGCGCUCCCGGGAUGAUAUGCGCGACAACAUCCUCAACUACGACGAGCAGGGCGGGGGCGAGGAAGACCAGGACGCCUACGACAUCAACCAGCUCCGGCACCCCGAGCUCUUCUCAGCCCGGGCCAAGCCGCCAGUGCGCAGGGACGCCCCGCUCAGCUCUGGGACCCCCUUGGCCCCCCGCAAGCUGCCCAACAGCCCCUCAGACAUUGAGGACUUCAUCAAUGAGGGGCUGGAGGCAGCUGACAGUGACCCCAGCGUGCCCCCUUAUGACACGGCCCUCAUCUACGACUACGAGGGCUCGGGCUCUGUUGCCAGCCCCCUCAGCUCCAUCGUCUCCAGCCUGACAGACGAGGACCAGGACUACGACUACCUGAGCGAGUGGGGGCCACGCUUUCGCCGCCUGGCCGACCUCUACGGGCACUAGCGGGGAUGAGGGGCAGGAGGGGAGCACCCCUUGCCCACAGAGGGGCUGGGGCAGGGAAGGGACAGAGGGGGGCUCACAUAGACAAGAGAUGACCAGAUGCAGCAGCUUUGUAUACGGACACGCACAAGACACCCACCCGGAGGGGCUUUGCGAGAGGCCUCCGCGCAGGGGGGUCCACACCUGCACCCCCCCCAGACCCCAGCCCAGCAAACCCAGGC